AUGGUUUCAGUUUCUAAGUUGAUCAAUAAUGGUUUGAUCUUGGCCACUCAGCAAAUCUUCUCACCAGUAGCUUCCCCAGAGCAAGCUGCAGUUGAGCAGUAUAACAUUCUUCACUUUUUGGGUGGUUCUGCUCCUUAUAUUCAAAACCCAGGUUACGGUAUCUCGACUGACAUUCCACCUCAAUGUACCCUUGAACAGGUUCAAUUGUGGUCCAGACAUGGUGAACGUUACCCAUCGAAGAGUACUGGUAAAACAUAUUCCGCGCUCUACCAAAAGCUUAAGGCAUACAAUGGUACUUUCAAGGGAGAUUUAGCUUUCUUGAAUGAUUAUACUUACUAUGUUCCAGACACUUUCUGGUACGAAAAGGAAACUACUCCAGCAAACUCUGAAGGUUACUUCUCAGGAACGUCUAACGCUCAAAGACAUGGUGCUGCAUUUAGAGCCAAGUACAAUGCCUUGUACGAUUCAAGCAAGCCAUUGCCAGUCUUUUCAUCAAACUCCCGUAGAUGUUACCAAACUUCUAACUACUUUGCCAGAGGUUUCUUAGGUGAUAACUUCACCGACAGUGCCGUAGACUUUGUCGUCAUUUCUGAAGAUGCUAGCCAAGGUACUAACUCGUUAACUCCAAGAUACGCCUGUAACGCCUACAAUGAUUCAAUUAAUGAUGAUAAAUUCUCUAACUAUUCCACUGACUAUUUAAAGACUGCUUUAGCUAGAUUCAAGAACGACAACCCUGGCUUAAACCUCUCAACCAGAGAUGUUCAAAACAUGUUCGGAUACGCUGCUUUUGAAAUUAACGUCAGAGGUUACUCACCAUUCGCUGCUAUCUUCACCAAUGAAGAAUUGAUCAGCUACUCAUACUCUAACGAUUUAGACAACUACUACUCCAAUGGCCCAGGACACAAUUUAACCAAGGUUAUCGGUUCUACCAUCCUUAAUGCUUCUUUAACCUUAUUGAAGGACACAACAGCUGAAAACAAGGUCUGGUUAUCAUUCUCACAUGACACUGAUUGGGAAAUCGUUAAUGCUGCUCUUGGUUUAAUGGACCCUGAAACCCCAUUAAGUCCCGAUGCGGUUCCAUUCCCUAACCCAUAUGUGCAUUCUAGAUUGGUCCCACAAGGUGCCAGAUUCUACACUGAAAAGUACUCUUGCGCAAAUGAAACUUACGUAAGAUACAUUCUUAACGAUGCUGUUAUUCCAUUAAAGGGCUGUUCAAGUGGUCCAGGUUUCUCCUGUAAGUUCGAUGAAUUUGAGACUUACAUUGAAAACAGAUUAAAGGGUGUCAACUGGGUUGAACAAUGUGAAGUUUUCAGCAAUGUUUCUCAGUCUGUCUCAUUCUACUGGGAUUACACCACUACCAAGUACAAUGCUACUUUACUUGACCAAUAG